UUCUCCCCCCCCCCCCCCCCCCCCACACACACACUCUAACCAUUCUCCAUCAUCAUUCAUUCCUACUUCGUGCACUCCACUUUCCCAAAUUAUAUAACCCAAAACUUUUCAAAUUCCGCACUUUCCAGUCUCUUUUUCUCAACCCCAAAAGAAAAAAGAAGGAAAAAAAAAUGUCCCAACUCGCAGAGACUUACGCGUGUGUUCCCACGACGGAGCGCGGCCGAGGAAUUCUAAUCUCCGGCAACCCCAAAUCCAAUACCAUUACAUACACCAAUGGCAGAUCCGUAAUUAUGAUCAACCUCGACAACCCACUCGACGUGUCGGUCUACGCCGAGCACGCUUACCCUGCCACCGUGGCACGGUACUCUCCCAACGGCGAGUGGAUCGCCUCUGCUGACGUGUCCGGCACAGUCCGGAUCUGGGGGACCCGAAACGAGUUCGUUUUGAAGAAAGAGUUCAAAGUCCUUUCGGGUCGGAUCGACGAUCUUCAAUGGUCACCCGAUGGGAUGAGAAUCGUGGCUUGCGGCGAUGGCAAGGGCAAGUCCUUAGUUCGCGCUUUCAUGUGGGAUUCAGGGACGAAUGUUGGGGAGUUUGAUGGGCAUUCAAGAAGAGUGUUAAGCUGUGCGUUUAAGCCGACCAGGCCGUUUCGGAUCGUCACGUGUGGAGAGGAUUUCCUCGUUAAUUUCUACGAAGGACCGCCUUUCAAAUUCAAGCUAUCUCACAGGGAUCAUUCAAAUUUUGUUAAUUGUGUAAGAUUUUCUCCAGAUGGCAGUAAGUUCAUCAGUGUAAGCUCUGAUAAGAAAGGUUUAAUAUAUGAUGCAAAAACUGCAGAGAAGAUGGGAGAGCUAUCCUCUGAAGAUGGCCACAAGGGCAGCAUUUAUGCUGUUAGUUGGAGUCCUGAUGGCAAACAGGUGCUGACUGCGUCUGCUGACAAGUCGGCAAAGGUAUGGGAGAUAUCUGAGGAUGGUAAUGGGAAGGUGAAGAAAACUUUGGCUAGUCCUGGUUCUGGUGGAGUGGAUGACAUGCUAGUUGGUUGUCUCUGGCAGAAUGAUCAUCUUGUGACAGUAUCUCUUGGUGGUACAAUUAGCUUAUUCUCAGCAACUGAUCUUGAUAAAGCCCCACUACUAUUGUCUGGACACAUGAAAAAUGUUACAUCAUUAGCUGUUCUCAAAAGUGACCCGAAAAUGAUAUGGUCGACUAGCUAUGAUGGUUUAAUAAUAAAAUGGAUUCAAGGUAUUGGAUAUAGUGGCAGACUACAGAGGAAAGAGAAUUCUCAAAUAAAAUGUUUUGCAGCUGUUGAAGAAGAGAUUGUAACAUCUGGAUUUGACAAUAAGAUAUGGAGAAUUUCAGUGCAUGGGGACCAAUGUGGAGAUGCAGACUCAGUUGAUAUUGGCAGUCAACCAAAAGACUUGAACCUUGCCCUCCUCUCUCCUGAUCUUGCUUUGGUUUCAACUGAUUCUGGAGUUGUCCUGCUCCGUGGUGCAAAGAUUGUGUCCACUAUUAACCUUGGGUUUACUGUGACAGCAUCUGCAAUUUCACCUGAUGGAACUGAAGCAAUUGUCGGUGGGCAGGAUGGUAAAUUGCACAUAUAUUCUGUCACAGGUGAUACACUUAAUGAAGAAGCAGUCCUUGAGAAACAUCGGGGUGCCAUUAGUGUCAUAUGUUACUCUCCAGAUGUUUCCAUGUUUGCAUCAGGGGAUGUCAAUCGAGAGGCUGUUGUUUGGGAUCGUGACUCCCGAGAGGUGAAGCUUAAGAACAUGUUGUACCACACUGCUCGCAUAAACUGCCUUGCUUGGUCUCCUGAUAGCAGCAUGAUUGCUACUGGAUCACUCGACACGUGUGUAAUCAUAUAUGAAGUUGACAAGCCAGCAUCUAGCCGUUUAACAAUAAAGGGUGCUCACCUGGGUGGGGUCUAUGGAUUAGCUUUCACUGAUCAGUACAGUGUUGUGAGCUCUGGUGAGGAUGCUUGUGUUCGUGUUUGGAAGUUAACCCCACAAUCAUAAAGAUAUAUGGAGGCUAUCAAGGUCAAAAACAUGAAUUUUUCUAUGAAUUGGGUUUUGUUUGUUAUGGGUUUGGCUUGCAAUGAGGGAGAACAGAAUAAUCCUCUCUUGACUAGGAAUUUGGGAGCAUCAAUAGGGCUUAGUGGGCCUUUUGAUUUUCUGAUUUGUCACGAUUGGUCAAGGGCAAUGACCUAGCUACUUGGAGUUCUUAGUGUUUUUGUCGCUAGUGAUGAAAAUUAGGUGAUUCUGUAUAGUGCAUUUUGAACAUAAAUCAUCAGUCUAAAGGUCUCAACCAAUUGUUUAGUCAUUGACCUACAAUGUCUCAAUAUUGAAGGCGAUCCCAUCUUGAUAAUGGGAAUUAAUUUGUUGGAUGUUCUGGAGACCAAACUGAAUUUCAGCAUAUCUUUUCCCAUCUGCUUGGGGUUUCUUGUAAGACAUUUUUGUGCCUGUUUCUUUUGCAUGGUGUGAUUUUUAUUUAUUUUUGGUGGUAAUGGUACCAAGGGGGAAAGUUGGAUUUGAAUUAGUGUUCUCUUUUUUCUUUUUUUGUGGACCUCUGAAAGUGAUAGAAAGGCCACUGGUGUAAUGUAAUGUUGUGUAGUUUUUCAAUCUUAUAUUAUUGCUUAUUUUUC